UUUUGUGUCCUGUUGAAGUAAUGGGAACUGAGCCAGUAAAGUUUAUUUAUAUUUCAGUUGAUUCAUAAUUCAUCAUGCCUUAAUUAAUUUGACAUCAAAUGUGGGUGGCAAAUAUUUAGUUACAAAGCCUGUAUGAUGUUACUGUUUCAAUUUGAUGAUGUUUCUUUUUUAAUCAGGGUGAUGUGGCUUCAUACACCGUAAGCAACCAUUCUCGUAUUCUGGGAUCCACGCUAAAAAUCCCUGUCAAAAAAACAAACACUGAAACUGUGCGUUUGCCAGAGGGAUUGUCAUUGUACUCUGUUCCAGUUCCACCAAAGGAUUUUGACUCAAUUUCAAGGAAAUAAUAACACAAGUAGGGUGGAUAACAUCUCAAUUUCCUUGUGGGAGAACGAGCCAUUUAACUUUGGCACAGACUGUAAAUAAAAGGUCUGGUGGGUCUUUAAUUGACUCAACUCAAGCAGUCUCUGGAGCAACGCAGAUGGACCAGCCAGCGCCACCAGUAUCAUCAUGGCUGGAGGUCGAUGUGGAUUUGGGGUUUGCCCUCUUUUUUCUCUUACUUCUCUGCCUUUUUUUGGUGGUAACCAUUGUGCGUUGCGCUCAAACAGUUGUGGAUCCAUACGGAGCCAUUUCCACCUCCACCUACCAGGAGGAGCAGAUAAAUAACUGAUAUCUGAUCUCGCCAAUCCAACACAAAGGACUUUCUGAAAAACUCUGUGUCCAGAAUGGAAGUUUGUGCAUUA